AAACCAUCGUCAAAUUGUGGUAUUGGACUGGACGAAUAGGAUUUGUCCUCAAAGGACCCCAAAAACUUUGGUUUGACUGCCUCCUUCCUCGCAGCUGCACUGGUGUUUCCUCCGCAACACUUUGAGCCACGCUCUCUAACAGGAUGUGCUUUUACAGUUACAGGGAAAUAUCUGCUGCAGCAGAUUACAAAAUGUGCCAUCAAGCCAUCAAUAUGGGUUAUUAUCACAAACACAGACGGUCGACUCUGUCAAAUUGGAACUAGCAGAACUAACAGUAGCUAAAACUACUUUUUGUUGCACGAUAUAUUGUCCCAGAAAUUAUUGCGAUAAACGAUAUUAUCGUCAUUUUUCAAGUCUUACACGAUUUGUGCUCCUGCUGAGAGAAAUGUGACCCAAAGUUUAAACUUUGCUUUUAGGCCUCAGUCAAACAAGCAAUUUGAAGAUAUGGUGCCUUUCGAAAAAUAAUAGAAAUACGUGUUUUCUAACAUUUUAUAGACCAAUUAAGUAAUGGAUUGUGACGAGAUCGGAUGUUAGACACAAUGGCUGUUAUUGAGGUCAAUUAAAAAUGAUUGAUUAUUGAAAUUCAUGUAUCUUACGAUAAGUCGAUAAUGUAAUUAUAGUGUUGGGCCUUACAGUAGUAACAGAUCCCCUUUUCCCCAUUUGACAUAAUGAGUGCUUAUUUUUAAGCAUAUACUUGGUGAUACUUUCUCCUUUUACCGCUCUGUAAUGUAAAUAUGUUUAACUUUUCCGUGUCAGGGCACACAUUUUUUCUUCCCUUCAUUUAUCCUUUGCUGAUUGAUUUGUUUCUGCUCUCGUACUUGUUGGGACUUUACAGCCUCAUAAUAAUGCUGCAUGAAUGCGAUCAUUCACCGGGGAGGGAGUUUACCAUAAUUACCACAGGGUUAUAUCGCUCUCCAUCCCCACGGCAGGCCGAGGGAACGUUGAAACGGGGACAAUCGCAGCCUUGUGAGCAGCGCUGCAGUGGGUCAGUUGUUGCCUCGUGAACUGUACCAGACACUGAAAAGAAAACUCUCAAUCUUUAAAAGUACAGAUCGUUGUUUCGCCCGCUGGGUCCUGAGGUCAACUGCCCUUCGACUGUUUCAUUUCUACGAGCGGAAACACACAGGAGAUUUACUUCUGCCAGAACAGAGACCUGUUGUUUUAAUCAUAUUAAUAUUGUGUUAUUUGUUAUUGUGUAUGUGAGUGGAUGUGUGUGCACCCUCCUCGUUUCUUGACAGCACAUCGCACCCCCCCUACCCGGGCACCGGUGUCCACGUGGGGGAGCCUGUGUUUGAUGCUCAUUGAAGGAGGGAGGAGUUAACGGAGGGUGGGGGAGAGAGAGAUGGGAGUUCAAGUGUCCCCCCCCUACUCACACACACUCACACACAUACAUACUUGUCAUCCUUGUCCUCAUCCUCAUUUAGCUGCCGGCCUCCUCUCUCCUCUCUCCUCUGCUGGAACGAGUGCCUGAGGGAUUAGAGAGAGGCUGGGCUAGAGGACCACAGGAUUGGGAUUGGAGGAGAUCAGAAGGGGCUGGAUUAUUAUAUCUGUGCUGUUUGGGAGCUGUUUUUGGCAGUUUUAUUCUGAAACUGGUGGCUAAUCUAAUUCUGGAGUCAGAAUCAAACCACGACCUCUAAAACCAAAAGAGAAAACAACAUGGAUUGAGUGUUUUCGGCUGCACUGGGACCACUGGGACCUCUGGGACCACUGGGAGCGGUGGUGAAGCCAUUCAGGAGCACACAGGCAGCUUUCUCUGUGCCUGAUGACCUCAGUCCAGAGGAGAGACAGGAGCUGGAGAGCAUCCGCCGCAGAAAACAAGAGCUGCUGCAGGACAUUCAAUGAGAAUUGCUUGUCUGGAUGUGUCGGUCAGUCAGACGUGGCCGGAACAGACAACCGCGCAUAAUGAGUUUUUCCGCCGAUGCCGAGAUCAAAGCCUCUCUGGAGAGACUGAAGGAUGAGAUAACAGAGGUGACCAAUGAGAUCGAAAACCUGGGCCUGACUGAAGAGAGGAAAAGCAUGCAGAGGAAUAAACAGAUGGCCAUGGGCCGGAAGAAGUUCAACAUGGACCCCAAGAAGGGGAUCCGUUUCUUGGUGGACAGCUCGCUGCUGAAGAACACCAGUGAUGACAUCGCCCAGUUUCUCUACAAGGGCGAGGGGCUGAACAAGACGGCCAUCGGCGACUACCUCGGCGAGAGAGAUGACUUCAACAUCGAGGUUCUGCACGCCUUCCUGGACCUACACGAGUUCACCGACCUGAACCUGGUCCAGGCUCUCAGGCAGUUCCUGUGGAGCUUCCGGCUGCCGGGCGAGGCCCAAAAGAUCGACCGCAUGAUGGAGGCGUUCGCCCAGCGAUACUGUCACUGUAACCCCGGAGUGUUCCAGAGCACAGAUACCUGUUACGUGUUGUCGUUCGCCGUGAUCAUGUUGAACACCAGCCUGCACAACCCCAACGUGAAGGACAAACCCCCGGUUCAGAGAUUCACUGCGAUGAACCGAGGGAUCAACGACGGAGGAGACCUGCCAGAGGAGCUGCUCAGGAACCUGUACGACAGCAUCAAGAACGAACCCUUCAAGAUCCCGGAGGACGACGGGAACGACCUCACACACACCUUCUUCAACCCCGACAGAGAAGGAUGGCUCCUCAAACUGGGAGGUGGACGAGUCAAGACGUGGAAGAGACGCUGGUUCAUCCUCACAGAUAACUGCCUCUACUACUUUGAAUACACCACAGAUAAGGAACCCAGAGGAAUUAUUCCACUUGAAAAUCUGAGCAUCAGAGAAGUCGAGGAAUCCAAGAAACCGAACUGCUUCGAGCUCUUCAUCCCCAACCACAGAGAUCAGGUGAUCAAGGCCUGUAAGACGGAGGCGGACGGCCGCGUCGUCGAGGGGAACCACACCUUCUACCGAAUCUCCGCCCCGACCGCCGAGGAGAAGGACGAGUGGAUCAACAGCAUCAAAGCUGCCAUCAGCAAGGACCCGUUCUACGAGAUGCUGGCCGCUCGGAAGAAGAAGGUCUCCACUCUGAAGGGGCUGUAGAGGAAGAAGCGUGGAACCGACGAGCACAGGUUGCACUUCUCCGAAGCAUCAAACUGGACGUGGACCUGAGAUUCCUGCUGCUGCAGCAGAGACACUUGGACCUGGUGCAAAGGAUCCAGCUCUUAAAGAGGUUCUUCCUUUGGCACCGACAUUAUUUUAUUAUUUAAUCCUCAAGCAUCUCCUUUUGAAGACCAGACUCCUGCAGUACUGUAACUCUGGAUGCGACUCCCACUCCUCCUUGUUCAAACGAUUCAUCUCAAAGUGACUUCUUACGAGACUUUGUGUUUGUUGAAACUGAGCCUCGGCUUCUGGAAUGUUUUUCAGUCAGACUGUGUGACACCGAGGCUUCGUCCACACUGCUACGUUCACACCACUCCGGAGUUCGUAAACAGUUACUGUGAGUAACAUUUCCACCUCGUCGACAUCGGACCAAGAAAAAAAAAAAAUCCCUGCGCUUACUUUUCACCAUUGUCGUUUCGCGUUCGCAGUCAUUUUCUGUAACUAAGCAGCCGACAAUCUGCUUCCUGUUUACAUCGGCACAAUGAUGCGCGUUUUUCAGGGUGUGUUGACAUGGACGGGGAUUGUUUUAGUUUUCAAAUGUUUUGGUGCGGGUGUAGCCUGAAACUGAAGUAAUGAGACAGAGCAUCGCAGUGGAGAGAAGAGUUUUGAUAAAAUGCUGGACCGUUACAGUAUGAAUCAUAUAUUGUACACUAUUGUGAUUCAGAUACUUCACUGAAGUUGUACACUUCACUAAGUUUACAAUCAGUUGAGGCCUUGGACUGAACUCUGAUGAAGAUCAUCGUGGUCUCUGGUCGUCAGUGUUUUAGUUUGAUGACAUAUAAAUGUUUUCUUUUGUUUGUUUUCUAAGUCUGUUUUUCUUACUGCUGUUGCUCUUUUGUCCAAGCACUGUCCAUGAAAAUGAAGGCAAUGCAUAAAAUACCCUUAAUAUUUAUUUAUCCUGAUUUCUUGUAAUUUAUUUGCAGGGUUUUUUUUGUCUCAUUAAAACUUUGCAAAACAA